GAGGAGCCUUCCCUGUAACUGGAGGUUGGGACGCUUGGAACAGGACAGGACCAGCUAUGGACUUCAUGAGAGGCCGAUUCUUGAGACUUCCCGUAACCCUUCUCACGGUCAUGGUAGUCGCUGCAGCCCCUGGAAACUUCGUUUCGGCAGCGCCUUUGAGUACACAGACUGAGUAUACCAUUGCUGUGGCUACAAACGGCUCGGAAACGGAGACAGGAGUCGAGGGAGGAGGACUGCCGUGUAACGACACCGCGUGCCAAGGUGAGCUCUCUGCCGGAGACACUGGACUGCCGUGUAACAACACCGCGUGUCAAGCUGUGAACGGUAGUUGGAGUGAAUGGGGCGAGUGGCAGAAUUGUUCAGCAUCAUGUGGUACAGGGAAUAUGACGCGAUAUCGGACGUGCAACAACCCUGCACCGCUGUACGGAGGGACGCCUUGCAACGGGACCAGCGAAGAAUCCUAUCCGUGCGACACCAAUAUCUCAUGCCCGUCAGUGGAUGGCGGAUGGAGUGAAUGGAGCGACUGGUCCGCAUGCUCAGUGACCUGUGGCGGUGGAGGUCGAACCUCGCGCAGCCGCAUUUGCAACAAUCCUGUACCUAUGCACGGGGGACUGGACUGUGUUGGAGACGGAGAUGAAAUCCGUCCAUGCCCCUCACCUAUUUGUCCAGCUCCACAAAGCCAUUGGAAUCAGUGGGGGGCAUGGGGGGAAUGCCAAGCAAAUCAAAAUUGUUCGCCCUCUUACCAAAUCCGUCAACGGCAAUGUCCUGGAAAUGAUUGCCCCGGAGUGAGUGUACAACUCAGACUUUGCACAAUAAAUACGACAGGCUGCCCGUGACUUCAGCAGGCAUCCCUCUCUCGCCAUGAAAUCCGAUGACCCGGUUCGGUCGGACUUGUUUUUUGAAAGCCGCGUUCCUGUCUGUGUGGCCACGGCUUCUCGAAGUGGCGAGUAAAAGGGGAAACCGCAAUCACAAUGUGCCCAAUUUGGAGAGGGCCUUAAUUAUUCUGGAUUCGAGUAGGUGGUGCCCCUUGUAACAUUUUCGAUCGGUACAGAAUCGGUUAUGUACUAGCACCAUGGCUUUGAGUAAUGCAGAACAUACCGAGUGUCACACUAGAACAAGUAUAAUUUUAACAGGCCAUUUUUAAACGAAUAUUUAAUUAAUUGAUUAGGCAGAUGCGACCCUACAGGGCCCUGUUGGCUCCAAGGCCAGUAACCAAUAACUAUAAGCCUACUUUUCUAACAUAAGGAAAAGUAUUUUCAGGUCAGGUGUCUAUUAUGAACCUUUCUAACAUAUGUAUCGCAUCACGGGAGUAGAUGACGAAAAGGCAUUGAAUUUUAUGCUAAAUCCCAUGGAAGAACGGUAAUAACGAGGUAUUUAACUAGUGUUUACCUUACAAUCGAGAUCAAAUCAUUCUUUUACUAGAUAGAAAAAGAUGGUCUUAUAAACAUCUUUAUUUCGAGAUUUGAUUGGAAUUAACCAUACAUCCAUCCGUAGCUCGAUGAGCUGGUGCUUAAGAAAUGUUCUAAAUGAAAAACAGCCAUGGAUAAUGCAAGGCGUGUUUGGCGUUUAAAUCCAUGAUGCAAUGAGAAUAUCGCAAAGUUUCACUAGAAGGUUUUAAGGGAAGAUACCAGUGGCGUAAAUCUGUUCUUAAGACUGGUGGGAUCAGAAAUGACGUAAAUAAAAAACAAUACUCCUGCCUUGGAAAUCCCAAAUACGGAAGAGGGGGGUUGCCGUCAUAUAUAAACGUACAACCCGUAAUUUUACUGCAAAACAACAUAUGCAGAGCUGUUGAAAUGUUCCCCCUUUUUCAGUACUGAAAUUUUUUUUUUCUUUCUUUCACCACGAAAAAGUGGGGGCAUUGCCCAAUAGCCCAACGCUCUGCUCAAAAGGUAGCGGGAUGCCCCCCCCCCACGGAUUCACACCCCUGAAAGAUGCUACAGGGAGCAUUGGCACGAUUAAAUUGUAAUACUCCGUGUGUCCCCAUUUGGGAACGUAUAGUUGACAUGUUAGCCCUUUGGUACAUGAAGGAAAUCGGAAGAGAUUCUUUUAUGCCCAUUCGUUUCUUAUCGUCAAGAUUUUUUUCCAGGACCCCACUGUUUACUUAAUUUCAAGAAGCACCCCUAAUAACAGAGUCUUAAAAUGCAAUUCUAUACGGGACAGCCAGAAUUUUGGCGAUUGUACAGUAUCUAGCAGAAGAAGAAUUCGGUAUUUUCCAGAAUAUUUCAAUUAUUACAUACUUUUCGGGAUUGUCUACGUUUUGUAGAAAUUUCUGUCCAUAACUUAUGUCUUAUAAGUGGCGGCUUGUCGCUGGUCUCGCAACAGAAGACAACUAAAGUUUUCAACCUUAGAUGUUAUAAUUAACGGACAUGUUACAUGUAUCUGUCAUAUUAUCCAGUUGCUUUGCAUAUGAGCGGUCUCUUCUUUUUCUUUCAGGUUUAUUUUUAUUUAAUUCCUUAUCUAUUAUGAGAGAGAGGCUGAAAAAAUCAUGAAAAACUACAGAUUUAUAUGCCCUAUGUACACAGGAGAUUAAACGUUCUCAAACUACUGGUA